GGAGAUCCGUCGGCGCAGCAGCAGCGGCGGCCUCCGUCGCAGCGGCGGGGGCGGCGGCGGCGGCUUGCUGCGCUCCGCCGCCAAGCAGUACCUGCUGCGGCGGGCGCCUGAGCUGCUGGUGCUGCACCUGAAGCGCUUCGCCAUGGACGGACGCGGGCGGGCGAGGAAGAUCGACAAACACGUUGCCUUCGACACGACGUUGGACCUGGCGCCCUUCCUCUCCCACGCUGCAACAGCGUACGGCGGUACAGCUGGGGGAGCAGGAGGCGCAGGCGGCAGCAGCGCUACAGGUGCCGUCCCUGCCGCCGAUGCUGCGGCGGCUACUGCUCGGGCGGUGGCGACGUCUGGUGAGUCGACCGGCGGCAUGACGAGUCCCUUCAUCGGCACACUCUACGGCGCUCUAGCGAACGGCGGAGCUGCUAACGGCAGCGGUUGUGGCAACGGUUGUAACGGCAGCGAGGGCGGCAUGCAACCGGCGGCGGCGCCUCCGCCGGCGUCACGGUCGGCCCUGGCGGCGGCGGUGGCGGAGCAGAGGAGCGGUGUCGUACAGCCACCGUGUGUGUACGACCUAUUGGGCCUUGUGGAGCACUCCGGGGAGCUGCGAUACGGGCAUUACGUUGCCUACGUCAAGCGCGCCAACCCCGCUGCUGGCGGCGCCCCGCAGUGGUACUACGCCAGUGACAGCCAGGUGCGGCCGGUGGCGGAGGCGCAGGUGCUGCGAGCGCAGGCGUACAUACUGCUGUACGAGCGGCGGGAGG